AGGCGGUCAACAUGUUCAAGAAAACGACAUGGACGGUCCGGCAGCACAGCUGCAUCAAAACUUGCAGGAUGCCGUGAGUGAUGCUCUUGCCAUGCGCCGACCGGUUCUUCAUCACCUGAGCGCCGACACAGCAUGGCUGCUUAUGAUCCCGCGUCCAGUCGCCGCAACAAAGCGUGGAGGUCGAGUCUACUUCAACAUUUUGAUCGACCCAUGGCUUUCCGGAACACAGACCGACUACACGAGUUGGUUGAGUAAACAGUGGCACGCCGAGAAACCUCGAGUUCCGAAUAUCGCCGCCGUAGAAGAACUCAUCCGCGAAACAGAAACUCUGGCCAGUGGGAUACGCUUUGGAAAAGGUAGAAAGAGCAACGCACACGAGACCGAGGACCAUGAUGGGGUUGAGACUUUCAUAGAUGCUGUUGCCAUCAGUCAUCAGUUCACCGACCAUUGUCAUGAACAAACAAUGCGGGAUGUGCACCCAAACGUGCCCGUCUUUGCUACAGAGAAAGCGAUACCGCUGAUCGAAUCGUGGAAGCACUUCCGUGUCGUGCAGACGAUACCACACUUCUCCCAAGACCCUGACUGGCACGCAACCUCAGUGCCUCCCUUACCAGAAUGGCUCGGCAUCUCUCGACUUGUAACAAGCAGCGAUAUGCUCUAUUUCCAUUCGGCUCUUAUGAUCACCUUCAACAAUCAACAGAGCGGACAAGCUUCUAGACGAAGCAGCUCGCAUCAAUACACGGAACCUGAAGAGGAGGACGAGACGGCAGAAGCUGUCAUCUACACACCACAUGGAAUACACAGUUACAGUGAGGACUUGGAUCUUGUAACAAAGGCCAACCCUCCAAUAAAGACACUGGUCUUCAUACAUGGCCUCGAAGACAUUACCUUAGGAGCAGCGCAACAGCUUAAUCUGGGAGCACAUAAUGGCCUCAAGGCACAGCGGAAACUCAAGGCGAGCUAUUGGGUUGGUACACACGACGAGGACAAGAAGGGUACAGGAAUUGUCGGUUGGUUACUCAGGCGGAAGAAGAUCAGUGUCAAGGAUGCAGUAGAGGCUGAGAGGAAACGCAUGGGAGGUUCCAAGAAGGAUGAGGCUACCGAUGAGGUGCUUGGAUCGUUCCAAGGGGUCAACUGGGUUGAUCUUGGUAACGGAGAGAGUCUAGUGUUACAGUAAAGCUGGUCUUCAACUAAUUUACAUGCUCCAUGGACU